AUGUCCAACAGCGCGUCCAAUUUGGAUGCGCUUGACCAAUCCGACGCUUUUCAUUCAGCGUCAGACAGCUCAGAGAAGUCUUCAAACUCUUCCUAUGACCGUUCCAGAAGCCGAGGGAGGCCCAGGAAACGUAAGACCAUAGAAAACUUGACAUCUACGCAACCUUGGUUAAAGCGUCUGAAGUCUUCAUACAAUGAUGAGUACCGUGGACUGUUCAAUAGCGCAAUUAUGGAGAUUGCGUCGAACAAAUCUUCAGAGCCAGAUACUCUAUUACAGGAGAGCCACGUAGGAGUCACCGUAUGGUCUACGGAAGAGAAGGGAGCGUUCUUCCGUGCCCUUACCAGGAGAGGUCGAGAAGACAUCCGAGGCAUUGCCACUGAAAUAGGCUCAAAGAGCGAGUCUGAAGUCUACGUAUAUUCAGAUAUGCUAUACAAAGCUGCGCUAGACCAGCAGAAUUACGAGACUCGCAAGAAUAUACUGGAUACUUCAAACAUUGAAGCUGCGCUUGAAGUGCGUGGGGAUUGUUGUGCGGCUCUUGAUCUCACAGCAGAAGCUCUAUCUGCCCUUCAGCAAGAUGAGGAAGAAAGGGCUGAGAAAAGGAGGCAUAAAGAUUUGGCCCUCUUAACCCCAGGAAUCGCCAGGUGGGUAGAACGUGGUAUAGUAUUACGUGAGGGAGGCAAGGAAGAGGUAUCACAGCAAAUUCCCGCGGCAAGACUGUUGAACCUCACGAACUUCCUUGCACUUUCAAAGCGCUUCUUUAUGAAUUCGGUCAUCGCGGAAGAUAAUUGGCGUUCUUAUACGGGAAGAAAAAUCAAAUCACCUUCAAUCAUGUAUACAGCAUUUUCCGACUUCCACGCAGUAUCAAUUUCUAUCACACAACGACUUGUACAGUCGAGUCUAUUCUUCGCGAUGUCACGGCUAAGAGCUAUGUCCGCAUCAGGACACUACACGCCUCGAUCACACGUCAGACGACGAGACGUUCUGGCGGCGCUCAAUGUGUUGGGCAUGAGGACUGACGCGAAAGCCUUCUGGGCCAGGGCGGCUCGAAAAUGCAAGCUACGAGUCUAUGACAAAGUCAGGCACCGGCAGGUCUUCGGCAAGAGAUACAGCUACGCGGAGAUUGAAAGAAUUCUAUCUCCCAGUAUGAUCAGCGACCCAGACAGUCCAGAAAUAAAGGCCAAUGACGCGAUUAUUCCAACGUUUCGAAAAAGCCGAAUUCUGACAGAGCAUUCAGCAAGCGCAUCGGAGGGUUCGAUGUCGACUGACGCUGCCGGGGCGGACGCUCUGUCAGAUCAUGAAGACCUCUCGGCGACGCCUUUAGACCCCACAAACAAGCAAGACUACAAGCAAGAGGCCCAUGAUCAAUUACAGGACGCCUACGCGGAAGCACUUGACCAGCAGGCCAGUCGUAAUGAAGAACGCCGCUUGUGGGAGAUGCUUGGCGAAGAUCCGGCAGAAAAGAUGGAGCCUGUAGAUGUGAAGCUGCCCAAAGCCUCUCUUCCAAACCGGAAAGACAAGGAGGAAAUGUUUGACUGGAGAGAUUGGGUAGACUACGCUGGGGAUUGGGAGACGCAUGAGGUUCCAGUAUUCGGAAGCAGAUUUGCCAAUAAUCAAAAUUUCAAAAGGGACGGGGAUUCUGGCGCAGGAUUUACCAGCUCCGAAUCCAGCCCGGAGAGUCUGAUCAACGACGAGUCUACCAGAGAACAGCACGACUCGAACUCUGACUCAGAUGCUGACGGCGAUGGUGCGAUCAACGAUGAUGGCCCCAAUGCAUCAUCCGCCGACGACGAUGAGCAUUGGGCAGGCAGUAAUGGUGGUGACCCAGACAGAGACAUGUGGCAUUCAAGUCUUGACGAUGAUACUCCAGCUACCAAAAGACGAAGAGGUGGACUGCGGCCAGGCGACGAUAACACGCGUCCCAAAAGUCUCACACGCCCGCUAGAUGCUACUAACAACAACAUGGAGAGUAGUGAUGACAAUCUUUCCAACGAAUGA